CUUGCUGAGCUAGCUUGUUGUUGUUCUGGUGUGUGAGGAGAACAUUUGAGGCUCUGCAGUAAAAAUGUCUUCACUUCAGUCUCUGGGAGAGUUGAUCAGCUAAAGCGACUAACUGCUGCUGCAGAAAGCUUCUCACCAGGCUGUGGAACUUUCUUCUCCUCCUCAACAACUUGGUGGAGUUCUUUCCAGAACCAGAGAAGAUAUUCUGCGGUCUUCGUGACAAUCGGAGCUCCAGAAUCAGGUUGUGGAUUGAAGAGGUUCCCUCUAUCAGACUCGCUCAUCUGAGUUGGUCAUGAUGCAGGAUCGCUGCUCGCUCUCUGAUCCAUCCUGCUCACACUCUCCGACGGAAAAGCCCCGAGUCUGAGUGUGACUCUGGAGGAAAAAGCGGUUAGCUCUACUCCGUGAACUCUGGUGACCAAAGGUCCUCUUUUCCAGACUGGAUCUGUCCUCAGCUGAUCAGAACCCAAGCGUUGGAUCUUUAAUCUCCUGCGUUGUUCUGAAGCAGCAUCUUAAUCAGCUCUCCUAAUUGUUUCUACUGCAGCUGUUAGCUAAACACGGCUAAAGAAAACCUGCUACCACUUCAGGAUCAUCCAUCAGCUGGGACUGAUUCAUCGUGUGUUCUUCACCACCUGGACCUGGACAGCAUGGACACAGCAUUUCAACAGGUGGUGCUGGUUAAAGAAGAAGCUCUAGAAGAACAUAGCGCUGGUGUCAACCAGCAGGACUUAGAUUUUCUCCACAUAAAGGAGGAAGAGGAGAAACUCUGGCCCAGUAUGGAAAGGGUGCAUCUCCAUUUGAAGGAGGAGACUGAUGCUGUCAGGUUUCCAUUCACUGUUGCUUCUAUAAAGAGUGAGGAAGAUGAAGAGAAGCCUCUGUUCUCACAGCUUCAUCAAAAGCAAAUAGAAGACGGAGAUGUUCCAACCAGCAGCUCAGCUGACCAGAUGACGGCAGAAACUGGUGGACUAGAAACUAGCCGGAACCCAGAUCUUAACCCUCAUGAACUGACUCCUGAUUCUUCAGAGACUGACGUUGGAGAUGAGGAUGAUGAUGAUGAUGAUGCAACUCAAGUCUCUGAGCUGUCAGACUCUGGGUCUGAAACUGGAGACGGAGACAAUGACUGGAAUGAGAACAGGUGUUCUGAGUCAGAUUUUAGGACUGUCAACAAAUCCUUUAGUCAUAGGACACUUUUAAACAGUCACAUGAGAGUCCACACAGGACAGAAGCCUUUUGCUUGUGAGCUCUGUGGAAAGAAAUUUAGCUUAAAAUCAGCUUUAAACACACACAUGAGAAUCCACACAGGACAGAAACCUUUUGCUUGUGAGUUCUAUGGACAACGAUUUAGCCGAAAAGGGUCUUUAGAUGUACACAUGAGAGUCCACACAGGAGAGAAGCCCUUUGCUUGUGAGCUCUGUGGGAAUAGAUUUAGUGACAAGGGAAGUUUAAACAAACACAUGAGAGUCCACACAGGACAGAAGCCAUUUGCUUGUGAGCUCUGUAGCAAAAGAUAUAGCCAAAAGACACAUUUAAAUACACACAUGAGAGUCCACACAGGACAGAAGCCUUUUGCUUGUGAGUUCUGUGGACAACGAUUUAGCCGAAAAGGGUCUUUAGAUAUACACAUGAGAGUCCACACAGGACAGAAGCCUUUUGCUUGUGAGCUCUGUAGCAAAAGAUAUAGCCAAAAGACACAUUUAAACACACACAUGAGAGUCCACACAGGACAGAAGCCUUUUGCUUGUGAGCUCUGUAGCAAAAGAUAUAGCCAAAAGACACAUUUAAACACACACAUGAGAGUCCACACAGGACAGAAGCCUUUUGCUUGUGAGCUCUGUGGAAAGAAAUUUAGCUUAAAGUCAGCUUUAAACACACACAUGAUAGUCCACACAGAAGAGAAGCCUUUUGCUUGUGAGCUCUGUGGAAAGAAAUUUAGCUUAAAGUCACCUUUAAACAGACACAUGAGAGUCCACACAGGACAGAAGCCUUUUGCUUGUGAGUCCUGUGGACAAAGAUUUAGCCGAAAAGCGUCUUUAGAUGUACACAUGAGAGUCCACACAGGAGAGAAGCCCUUUGCUUGUGAGCUCUGUGGGAAUAGAUUUAGUGAAAAGGGAAGUUUAAACAAACACAUGAGAGUCCACACAGGACAGAAGCCAUUUGCUUGUGAGUUCUGUAGCAAAAGAUAUAGCCAAAAGACAAAUUUAAACAGACACAUGAGAGUCCACAAAUGACAGAAGCCUUUUGCUUGUGAGCUCUGUGAACCGAGAUUUGGCUGAAAGAAAACUUUAAACAAUCAUCUAAGCAUCCACGAGGGCUAAAUGAUCUAUUGCAGGGGUCUCAAACCUUUUUUGGCCUGUGAGCUACUUUUACACAAUGAAAGUACAGCAGAGUUACUGCCAUAUGAUUUAUUUACAUAGAUACUUUCCAUGUGUGAAUGUGCUUAUGUUAAACAUGCUAUACUUAUUAUAUUAACAUGCAUUGUACUCACAAGUUGAUUUCUCUGUAUUUCAGUACAUCAGUAUAUAUAUUUUUAAAAGUAUAAGUAAACUAGUGACAUUCUGACAACCAAAUUGAACAAAACAUAUUUAGUUUUUUAAACUAAUCAGAUACUUUCAGAUAAUGAAUAACAAAUCUACUUCAUGUGAAUGAUUUGGUAAUUUUUUUAGAAGGUUAGUAACAUAACUUUUUAAGCACACAGGAACAGCUAACCUGUAAAGCUGAUGAUAUUUUAAAUAAAAUACAAGCUAAAUGUGAUGAAAACACAAAAGUCUAAAUAGUUUGAAUUGAAAUAAAAAAUGUAAAAUCAGAAAUAAGACUUGUUCCUGCUCUCCUGAUAGUCUGAAUAAUUUUAAUGGGGUUUUUUUGAUCAUGAAAGUUAAGUUUUGCUGCGUUUAUUGCUGACAAUAUGAAGGUUGGAGGUUUAUCCUUUUUUUCUGCAUCUUGUAGGUUUUUUUCUCCGCAGGUCUGAAGGCUGUGCGUUACACAUAUUGACAUAAAUAUAUGGACAUAUAUGCCACUUGAGUUAUAUAGGCCUCCUCCUCCGCCCACUCCAUGCUUGCAGUCACUGCUAUUCUGUUGUCCCAAUGUCAGCAGGGUGCACAUCUUAGUGACGUCAUGAAUUAUCGCAAUUUUGCGUUAUUGCGACAUAGCCAAAAGCUAUCAUUACCCAAUUUUAUAUCGUUUCUACCUUAUAUUGUUUAUAUUGCCCACCCCUAAUGCCUUCCAUUAACAGGGUAUCCGCGGGUCCUUAAAAAGUCUUAAAUUAGCUUUUCCAAAUUUAAGGCCUUAAAAAUCCUUAAAAAUGACAAAUAAUCCUUAAAUACAGUUUCCAAAGGUCUUAAAUUACCAAAGACCCAAUAAACAAGAUCCUUUUGUUUUCCUGAAUUUCUAGUUAGUCUUCAGCAUUUUUGUGUGUGAUAUUGGCGUAAGCGGAACCGUACAUAUGCAGUUGGUUGUGAAAGGGGGCUAUUUUUAGAUGAGCACAUUAGCUGGUUAAGCUAGUGGGAGCUUGCGCCAUGGGAAAGGGCAAGUUUAAUGGUAACUGGAUGGCUAAUCCUACGUUCGCGACGUGGUUAGCACCGGUUCCAGGCAAUAGCUGGAAAUAUUAGCUUAAAUUUAAUUUUAAAAGUAGCUUAAAUUUGGUCUAAGUGGCCUUAAAAAAGGUCUUAAAAAGUCUUAAAUUUGGCUCCCUUAAACCUGCAGAUACCCUGAUUAACCUAUCCUUGCAUCUGUGCUCUACUAGGUCUAUCUGUGCUGUGUUAAAUUUAUUCUAUAUGCAUUUUAUAAGUAUACCUACUCUGUGCUGUUUUAUCUUUGUUCUAUAUUUUAAAGUAAAUAAUUGUACUUUAUAUGCUUUUAUUUUUGUGUACUAUGUUCUGUGUCAAUAUUCUUUGAUUUUAUUUUACACAACAUGAUGUGACAUUUUAACUAUUUCCUUUCACUUGUGAUUGUUUUAACUAUGUGAAGCACAUUGGGCUACCGUUUUGUGUAUGAAAUGGGCUAUAUAAUAAACUUGACUUGAGGGAG